AAAGCAUAUAUAGGAACAAGAAAAACAUGAUUAAGAACACUGCAGACAUCAGUGCUAAAGAAUGAUGAUCAACAUGUAUAUCCUAAUAGUCCUAGGAAUAUUGUGUUUAUCAGUUGUCUCAGCACGUGCUAACAAGAAUGGGAGCAGGUCUAUAGAAGAUUGCAUCCUGUGGCAAACAGACGACAUUUAUUCCGUGUGUCACCUAUGUUUGUCGUGUUCAGAUGGUUCAGGUAUCCAAGGCCACAUUUGUCGCGAAUCACUAUGUGACGGAAAGAAAGAUUGCGACAAUGGUGAAGAUGAGGAAGAUUCCUUAUGUCGGGCGGAGCCUUGUUCGACGGACCUUUGGCAUUGUAGCGAUGACAAACAAUGUAUUGACAAUGAUUCACAGUGUGAUGGAUACGUAAAUUGUGUGGACGGAUCGGAUGAGGAUCCUGACACAUGUAUAGGAAAACCAUGUUUGGAAGGAGAAAUAAAAUGUGCUGAUAAAAUGCAGUGUUUUGGUGAGAUGAGUCGUUGUGAUGGUCUAUUUCAAUGUAGCGAUAAAUCAGACGAGGAUAAUUGUACAGAAUUUCAAUGUCCUAAGUACAGGUGGAAGUGUGACGACAAACAACAGUGUAUUAAUAUACUAGGUAUAUGUAAUGGAGGACCCAAUUGUCAUGAUAGUUCAGACGAGAACCCGGAAACAUGUAAAGACUACGAGUGUAUCUUUGGAGGUAUGAAGUGUUCAAAUGGACUAGGGUGUGUCUUCGAAGAUUACUUAUGUAAUGGUUAUGCCAAUUGUAACGACAAUUCAGACGAAUCUUUACAAAUUUGCAAAGAUUACCCCUGUCCACCAGAAAAAUGGAAAUGUAAAGACAAUAGACUGUGGAUAAAUGAAGAAUUUGUUUGUGACGGUCAUAGCCACUGCGCAGACGAGUCCGAUGAAAAUGAGGCUCAUUGCAGAGAGUACCAAUGUCACGGAGACACAACUAAAUGUAGCGAUGGAUUACAAUGCGUUUCACAAAAUGAUGCAUGUAGUUGUAAAGCGCCCGGAUGUAAAGAUGGCAGUGGAUGUAAUGGCUUACCAUAUCCGUGUGCUCAUAAAGAUUGUCAUAUAUAUAUGCCUACAUGGUUUGCAAUGAGUCCUGGAAUAGAACCACCAAAGCUUAGUUCUGUUGGUUAUCCAGGAUUUAGGCCAUCAUAUUGCCCCUGACUUCAAACUUAAAUAUUAUAUUCAUAUAAUAACUGGACAGAAAAUGAUAUUACUUAAAACUGUUAAUAACUUCUUACAUCCUAAAUUAAGGAAUAUCAUUUAUUAAAAGCGAGC